AAGGCUUUUAACAUUUCUGUUAUCUUGGCUGCUCUGUUACUUUCUGAUUAUUAGUAUUAAUUUUGUGUUUUUCCAAUUUAUGUAGACAGCUUGCAUGCUUGGUCCAAUAUUCUUUAGGUCUUCAUUUUUCCUUAGAUACGUACGUCCGAUAAACAGCAAUGUGGUGUUGCAGACCAUGGCAAACUUAGGCCUUGUUUAUUACAUGUUUCUUGUGGGUUUGGAGAUUGAUCUAAACAUGGUAAGGAGAGUGGGGAAGAAAGCUUUCACCAAUGCCGUGGCUGGAAUUCUGUUUUCUAUGGGCAUGGGUGCCAGUCUGUAUUGCUUAUUUACACGAGAUAAAUCCAUAUUUCCUUCUGCCAGUCCUGUUGGCGGAUUGUUUUGGGGUGUUGCUCUGACUGUCACAAGCUUUCCUGAUCUUGCUCAAGUUCUUUCCGACAUUAAUCUCAUCAGCACAGAUCUUGGACAAAUAGCCUUGUCUUCAGCUUUUGUUAGUGAUUUAGCAUCUUGGACUAUGCUUAUUAUGACAAUAACCUGGCUCCAUGGACGCAGUAAACUUUCCAUCCUCCCAACUGUUGGCUUCAUUAUUCUUUGCUGGUUUGUGGUGCGUCCAGUCCUUAGCAAAAUCAAAAGUUCCUCGAACAAAAGCAGUGGUAGAGACUUUUAUGUAUAUGUUAUUCUUGCUGGAGUGCUCAUUUGCGGAUUCAUCACAGAUGCUUGUGGCUCCACUUCUAUGACUGGGGCAUUUGUUUUGGGACUUGUCACAUCAAAUGAGUUUGAGACAAGAAUUUUGGAACAAGUCAAUAAUUUUGUGGCAGGAAUUUUGCUUCCUUCCUACGUCAUGGUUGUUGGAGGUAAAAUUGACAUAUUGUUUUUGAUGUCCAAAACUAGUGUAGUCACGCUGCUGGUGAUUGUUGUCUUGGCUUUCUCGGUCAAGGUUUUGAGCUCUUUCCUUGUCUGCAAGGCCUUCGGUAUCUCUGCUCGUGAUGGUAUUGCCCUUGGGAUUCUUAUGAACACAAAAGGCCUUUUGGCUCUGGUUGUUAUUAACAUCGGUGUCGAUGUACAGGCUCUGGACUUUGCAACAUUUCCUGUAAUGGUGAUUGUGUUUUUGGUGAUGACAGCUCUUGUGAAACCUUUUCCUUAUUGGGUCAGUAAGUCUUCAAAGAAUCUCAAGCAAUACAAGCAAAGGACUAUGGAAACAAGCAAAGAUGAUUCUGAAUUUCGAAUCAUUAUGUGUGUUCAUGAAUCUCAUCAUCUAUCAGGAAUGAGCACCCUCUUGAAAUUGUCUAAUUCUACUAAACUAUCACCAAUCACUAUUUUUGCUCUUCAUCUAGUAGAACUCACAGGCCGUUCAUCGGCAAUGCUUAUUGUUCAUGAUGCCUAUAACGCCACUAACAUCAGCCAACCCAUUUUUGAAAGAGUUAUAUCAGACCACGUCUCAUCUCAGAGUCUUAGAAGCUAUGGAAGGAGGGGAACAGGCCAUCCGAUUUCCAUCCAACCAGUAACCGUCGUGUCUCCUUACGCCACCAUGCACAGAGAGAUAUGCUGCAUUGCUGAGGACAAACAUGUGACUUUAAUUAUUGUUCCAUUUCACAAGGAAGGAUGUGGAAUUGACGUGGUGCAAGAGAAUUCUUCUAUCAGAACUGUCAACCACAACCUGCUUGCAAAAGCUCCAUGUUCAGUCGGUAUAUUUGUUGACCGAGGGCUUCAAUUAAGCAUUCAUGAUAUGGGUUUCAAUCUAUGGAAACAACAAAUUAAUGUUGCCAUGCUCUUCACCGGUGGACCUGACGAUCGCGAAGCCUUAGCCUACUCAUGGAGAAUGGCAGGCUCUCGCGAAGUGCGUUUAACAGUUGUGCACUUUCGUCCCGGAGAAAAGGCAAAAAAUAUAAUGGAAGAGAGAAAAGAGAGUGAAAAUUAUAAACAGCUUGAUGAAAAAUACGUGAAUGAACUCAGAUUCAAGGCAAAGUUCAAUGAUUCCGUAAUUUAUUUAGAAAAGGUGGUAAAUAACGGGGAAGAAAUUUUAAGGACCACAAAGGAAAUGUUUGAUUAUUAUGAUCUGUAUAUAGUGGGAAGGGGUCAAGGAGUGGCAUCUCCUUUCACAUCAGGGCUAUCAGAGUGGAGUGACUGUAAAGAUCUAGGAGUAUUGGGAGAGGCAUUAUCUACAUCUGAGUUUGCACGAAAUGCAUCCAUUCUUGUAAUCCAACAAUAUUAUGUUGCAGACACAGCUGAAUAAAUUCAGUAGAAGUUUUGUUGAAGUUGCCUUUUAUGACCAUGCUAACAAAUUUCCUAACAUUUUUAAAGCGCAAAGGCCAUCUGUUAUGGAGUUCUUAAUGAUCUUGUUAACUAAACUAUUAGCUUGUGUGUGGUCAA